AUGGUUGCGGUCGCGGGCAGCGGCAGCGGCACGACCGGAGUCGGGGGGUUGCGGAGGGCGGCAGCGGCAGCGGCGGGCGAUGGGGGGGGAGCGGAGGGCGGCCGCGAAGCCUGCAACUCCGCCUUCCUCAGCCACUGCCUUUUCCAGCUGCAAACCACGUCCCUCACCACUUGCUCUCUUGCAGUCCCUCAGAACCCGCACACCGCUUUCUCAAAGACCUGCCCGAGAUGGAAACACCCAACGCCUUGUUCCAGAGUUUCGGUGACAGUCGAUCCGCGCGAGCUCCUCGCUCACAGGAGCGCUCCGCCGGCACCGCUGUGCCCUCAGCCCGACCCUUCCCUGCCCCUCUCCCCGCGUACGACGGGCACAGCCCCGCACCUCCACGCUGCCGUGGCAGAAAGAGAGCGACUGAUGUCCACGCCAUUCCCAACACAGCAUCGCAGCGCUCCAAGGGCAGCGCCUUGCAGCGAGGUGGGGCCUGAGCUGUGGGGGAAAGUGCUCCAGCCAACAGGCUCCAGUCACAUGUGGCUUUGUUCACAGGAAUUCAUGCUGCGGUACUGGCACCCGGCAAACUGUUGGAUUGGGCUGCACAGGGAAGAAGGGGACGAGCACUGGACAUGGGCCGAUGGCAGCGCCUUCACCAACUGGUUCCAGCUGCGAGGUGGAGGCCGAUGUGUGUAUCUGAAACAGGAGGGGAUCAGCUCAGCCCUGUGCCACACGGAGAAGUACUGGGUGUGCAGCAGAGCCGACAGCUACGUCCUCUGGAGGGAGGAGACAGAUCCACUAUGACUGAUCCCAACAGUGUUGCUGGGCACUGCCAUGCCAUCCAUGUAUAGUUGUAUCUACCUCUUUCCAUCUCUUCUGCAGCUGAUUCUGCAUGGAACCUCCCAGCUCUCCUCCUCGUUCUCUCUCAGGAAAUACGCAUGCUGCACUGUGCCUUAAACGGAGGGUCCUUCUAGGGUCCUUCAAAGUCACCGCACCAUGGAACUGCUGGGUCGCAAGGGAGAGGAUUAUUUCCCCAACCCCUCCUGCAAGGACUUGGAACAACGCACCCAGCAGUGUGAGCACAGCAGAGAGCAGCGCUCCACUGUGCAGUGCUGAGUCACCGUCUCCUACUCCAGGUUUAGGUUUUAUUCUGUUCACUUUUCACCACUUACACUAUUUUUAUUAUUGCUUACUAAUGGCAAGCAUUUUUUUAUUAUUGUUUAGUGAUGGCAGCAAGUGCAGGCUUUGUCAGAAGUUCUUCAUUGUACAGCUCCAAUUCCUUUGUUAGUAGCAGUAUAUUUUCGUUGGCUGUUCUGAACUGUGAGAGCUUAAACCCCAAAAUUCAGCAAUUAAAAGGAGAUGUUUGAUUCUUUGCACACGUUUGAGAAA